AUGGCUGGUGUCGUGCCCCAGGACCAUGGCGCCCGCCACCGCGGCGGCGACCACGAGGCCAAGGUGGGCGUCACGACCAAGAGCAGCCUCGACGGCCACAGCGGCAGCGGCGACCUGGCCUCGGCCGACCAGCUCCUCGAGUCGCUCGGAUACGCCCCGGAGAUGACGCGCAACCGGUCGACGCUGCAGGUGGCCUUCAUGUCGUUUGUGCUGGCCGCCAUCCCCUACGGACUCUCGACGACCAUGUACUACCCGCUGGCCGGCGGUGGGCCGGCCAAUGUCAUCUGGGGCUGGCUCGCCGUGUCGUGCAUCAUCCUGUGCGUGGCCGCGUCCCUGGGCGAGAUCACCAGCGUCUACCCGACCGCCGGCGGCGUCUACUACCAGACCUUUAUGCUCUCGCCGCCCCGGUGGAGGCGCGUGGCCAGCUGGGUCUGUGGCUGGCUGUACGUCGUCGGCAACGUGACCAUCACCCUCGCCGUCAACUUUGGCACCGCCCAGUUCCUGGUCGCCUGCAUCGGCGUGUUCGAGAACGCGGCCGGCGAGAGCGUCUUCCCCGGCGAGACGUACCAGGUCUUCCUCAUCUUCCUGGCCAUCACGCUGCUGUGCAACGCCGUCUCGGCCCUGGGCGACAAGUGGCUGCCGUGGCUCGACACUGCCGCCAUCUUCUGGACGUUUGCCGGCCUCGUCUCCAUCGUCGUCUGCAUCCUUGCCAUCGCAAAGAACGGCCGCCACUCGGCCGAGUACGUCUUCACCACCUUCGAGCCGCGCUCCGGCUGGGUGCCCGGCUGGUCCUUCUGUGUCGGUCUCCUGCAGGCCGCAUACACCACCUCUUCGACGGGCAUGAUCAUCUCCAUGUGCGAGGAGGUGCGGGCACCCGCCACCCAGGUCCCCAAGGCCAUGGUCUCGACCGUCGUGCUCAACACUUUUGCCGGCCUGUUGACCCUCAUCCCCCUGAUGUUUGUCAUCCCGAACAUCGACGACCUCGUGGCCCUCGCCUCGGGCCAGCCGGUCCCGUCCAUCAUCAAGUCCGCCAUCGGCUCCCCAGGUGGUUCCUUUGGCCUGCUCAUCCCCCUGAUUGUGCUCGCUCUCAACUGCGGCAUCGGCUGCACGACAGCCGCGUCCCGGUGCAUCUGGGCGUUCGCCAGGGACGGCGCCAUUCCCGGGUCCCAUCUGUGGAAGACGGUCGACAGGAAGCUGGGCGUGCCCUUCAACGCCAUGAUGCUGUCCAUGGUCGUCCAGAUCGUCCUCGGCCUCAUCUACUUUGGCUCGACCGCCGCCUUCAACGCCUUCUCCGGCGUUGGCGUCAUCUGCCUCACGACGAGUUACGCCAUGCCCAUCGCCGUCAGCCUCCUGAACAAGAGGGAGGCCGUCAAGGGUGCGAGCUUCCACCUUGGUGCCCUGGGCCAUGUCUGCAACUGCGUCGCGCUCGCCUGGUCACUUCUAGCCAUUCCGCUGUUCUGCAUGCCGACCACCGUGCCCGUCAUGGCUGCCACCAUGAACUAUGCGUCUGUCGUCUUCUUCACCUUCACCAUGAUCUCGACACUCUGGUACUUCGUCUGGGGCCACGCCAACUAUGCCGGACCACCAACGUAG